AGGCACGCGGCGCCUGCACGCUGAUGAACCGGGCGGGAGGAGCGAGUGUCAACACACACACACGCGCUCACGUCCACACGGUUGCAUCUCGACAGCAAGUGAAGUAAAGGAUUCGAGCAGAAUGAGCGGGAAAGCCGAGUGUCAUGACGACGGGCUCUCGGUGGAUGUUGACAAGUGACGCAUCAGGAAAUUCACAGGUUUCCCUGCUGAUCCUCGGUGAAUCAUGUCUUCCUCUAUCUCCUCCCCCGCCUGUUUGGAGAUGCCCUACUUCUGUCCACGCUGUGGUGACCAGUUCAGGUUUUCAUCAGUGCCUGAACUUCGGGCUCAUCUGGUCAGCCAACACACCUAUGAGACUCUGCUAAUGCUAUCACAGGCUCGAGUAAGAAGCUCCAGGCCGGGCGCCCUCCUCCCAUUACCUGGUCCAGCUGCAUUCCAAAAACAAGCCUCUUCUCAGGACACGGAGCCCCACAGCCUCUCACUGCCCCUGGCCUGUCUGGAUCUGGCCUCAUCGUCGGCCUCCGGAAAGCUGCUGAGUGAUUUGUUUAACCCGGUCGAUCGCUCUCUCGGCGACAGCCAAACUAAGCCCUCCCUGAUGCUCGCCCUGCCUGGCCCUCUAGAGGCAUUUCCUGGGAGAAGGCUGGGAGACAUGGCGCUCCAGCUGGGUCUGGAUCGGGGGGUUUCAGUGAGCAUCGGACUGGAGGAGAGGCUGGGUUUGGGCCUGGACCGCUCCAUCUCCAAAACACUGGCGCAGGUAGAGGAGAAGGUGAACCGGCGCAUGGGCCGACUGAUGGUGGCGCUAAAGAGACGGGAGGCGUCCCUGGAGCGGGAGAGGCGGACGGGAGAGCAACUGAAAAAGGAGAAACUGGAAGUGGAGAAGCAGGUGGUGCACUUGUCCAAGCAGGUCUCAGUUGCCAUGGAGAUGACAGAAAAAUUAAAGGCCGAGUUGCAAGGGAGGGAGAAGGAGCUGAGUGAACAGCAGCAGGAGAUGGAGGGCAUCGAACGUUUCUUAAGGGAGACGGCGGUGAAAGAGGCGGAAGCGAAAUCCAGGCUGCAGGUGUUUAUCGAGACAUUAUUGGACCGCGCAGACCGAGCCGAGCGGCAGCUUCUGAAGCUGAGCUCACAAGACAGAUACACACCUCUGCUGUGCCGUGGCGGACGCAGUCUGGACGCCAGCACGGACGACUUUCUCGACAACAAGGCUCACGAAGUCAUAGGUAACCGGAGAAGUUUCAGUGUCUCUGGGUCGUACCGACUGGGAGAGCAGCUGCACGGCCUUCAUCCCUGCAGCGGCGACUCUGGGAGAAUGAGGACAGCAUCUCUGGGUUCAGAGUUUUGGAACAUCCAGGAGUCGAUCUGCCGCCAUCCACUGGCCCCCAGUUGGUCCAAUAGUGAGAAGGGGAGAGUGACUGACAGGAGGGAGCGGUUCUGGGUGGGGGAGAGUGGAUGGGGCCAAACAUGGAGCAAAAACAGCCGCCGACAACACAGCACGGAUGAAGACGAUGAAGAAGAGGAAGAGGAGGAAGAAGGACCCUGGAGCCGAGCCGAACUCAGACGGCAUAUUUUCUCGCGAACGCACACCCCUGGAUCAGAGCUCCCCUCCUCCACCCGCUCCUCUCCCUCGCUGCGCUGCGGCAGUGAUCGACAGCUGGAGGCGGACACCUUACGGCUGAGAGCAGCGCUCUUCUGCGUGUUUCCAUAUUUAGACGUCUCUUCCCUGCUGCGAGCGGCCGAGGUUUGCUCCGAUUGGAGGUUCGUCGCCCGACACCCUGCUGUUUGGACUCGCGUGCGACUGGAGAGCGCCAGAGUGUCUUCACAGUUCCUCAUCACUUUGUCUCAGUGGUGCACACAAACUCAGUGUGUGGAGCUCAACAACCUGAAGCCUCGAAGUCGACGGCCAGAGGAGUCUCAGGAAGAGUAUCACAACGACAUUCGAGGGAGUCUUGAGCCUGGGCUGGAAGCCUUGCUGCGGUCAGCAGGGGGCAGUCUGUUCCACCUGUCCAUCGCUCAGUGUCCCGACAUCCUGACAGACCGGAGCAUGUGGCUGGUGAGCUGCUACUGUCGGAACCUGAACACACUUGUUUACAGGAGUUCCACUGAUCCUCUGGGUCAGGAGGUACUUUGGGCUCUCGGUGCUAGCUGCAGGAGCAUCUGCAGCCUCCACGUGGCGCCAUCACACCCCUGCCUUCAGUCCACUCAUUUCGGCAGCCGGUGUCUGCAGAUGAUUGGUCGCUGUUGGCCACACCUCCGCUCCCUCAGCGUGGGCGGAGCCGGCUGUGGGACUCAGGGACUGGUUUCUGUUGUGCGCAGCUGCGCUCACCUGCAGGUCUUGGCGUUGGAGCGCAUUAACGACCUCGGCCUGCAGGCGGCGACAGAGCUUUGCAAUGCUGGGCUGAGGAGCCUGCAGACUCUCAUUCUGACGCACACCCCGGUCAGCGGCCAGGCGAUCCUGCACUUCCACGGCUGCUGUGCGAACAUCAGGCAGAUCACGGUGGAGAUCUCAGCCGACGAUUAUUUCGAGGACACGGACACAGAGGAGUCCAAACACUUGUACGGAGAAAUUCUGAGCACACUGAAGAUUCUCCAGACCCGUCCUGGACUGAGCGAAGUUCUGCAGAUCAAAGUGACAUGACAGCCCCGACACACUUGUGCUUCCUAGAUCCCUCAAAGCUGGGCCGAGACCAGCGGUCCACCUCCGCUCAUGUGGACCACAAACAAUCUGGACCUCCUAAGCCCCUCAAAAAGUGACUUGCUCCUUGUGUUUACAAAGACUUGAGCUCCUUCCUGCACAAACCUCUUUACCAAUGCACUUGAUGCCCAAAAUGCCAAACACACACACACACACACACUCAUCACAUGUGAAAACCUCUCGUAUGAAACCAAAAAAACCUCAGCAUGCUCACGUGAACUCCACACACUCAUACCACACCACGCACCUGUAAAUAUCUUGGGUAUGUUUUAGAAGACCUCUUCCAUACAAGCCUCUCGUGUUGUAGAUCCAACUUUGCACGACCACUAGAAAACCUCUCCUACACAGGAAAACCCUCACAAAUCCACAUGAAACCGUUCACACCAACACAAACCUUCCUGCAGACAUGUAAAAACCUCUGUCAGUCGGACCUCUGGUGCACGUGUGUGUUUGUGGAAACUUCUUGCUGUGGAAUAUAAUAACCAAUAUUUGAUUUUGAAUUUACCUCCUGUGGACUCAAAACAGAGCCUCCGAAAUGAGAGAAAACUUGAGUUGACACUGGCAUCUUGUCCUCUCGGCUCCCACUGGGGUGAAGCCCUGGAGCUGAGGCAGGAGAGACCAAGUUCGCAGGAGGUCUGGAUGCUGCCAUCACGACCUCAUCUUUGCUCAGCAAAUUGAAUUUUGAGUUCCACAUAUAUGACUCCAGAUUAAGGACAUAGCAUCUAAUAGCAGCCACGUUUGAUAGUCUUUGUUGCCCUUACCUUUUUGCACUUCUGUUUUUGGACCUGUAGAAGAAACUAGGACCUUAAUGCAACACUAGUCUUCCUUACUCGCCCACGAACACCAGGUUUACGCAACAUACCUUUCUCACCUUCACAGUAGUCACAGGUGUGUUUUCACUACUCUGAAUGACAAACCUCAGAUGAGCUCAGUGUUGCUCUACUUCAACCACCUCACAUCUCGCAGACGUCUGUUGCAGUGGACACCUCAGGCUGUUCAGUCGUGCUCCUCUCACAUGCAAACCUGAGGGUAAUGAGAACACACCUGCAGCCUUUUCUUUCCACAAAGCACAAACUCACAAACCAAAGACACCAGGGAACCGCUCAUGGACAGCUGAGCUCUAUU